AUGGCCAGACUUCUCUGGGUUAUACUCUUAUACUUCGUGAUAUUAGAAGGUAAGAAAUCUGAAAUGUUAUUUGUCCUCGGUUGAGUAAAACUAAACACCAAUUUUAAGCUAUAAACAGGAAAAGAAGCCAUUCAAUGGCCAGUUUCGAAAACAGAAUAUGACUGUGCAAUUAAGAUAGAUUAUCAUUUUCUGAGCUAGGACCAUAUUGCUCGAUUAAGCAUCGAAAACGAUUUCUCAGUUCGAAGAAUAGUGGGAUAAUAUUUCUUCUUGAGUUCUGUACUUAACGAUUUAAGGGUACAGGUAAAAAAAACUUCAAGGUUAACUUUUUUCAGCUCUCCUAACAUAUUAAGUAAAAAUGUUGAAAAGUGUCAUCAGCAAAGGUUUCUCUCAUUUAGACUAGAAUUCAUUGAAUCAUUGUCUUUUCACAGUUUUUAUACUGAAGCUUUUUAUCAAGUUACAAAAUUUUUCAGCAAAAAAUGAACAACCAAACACGUAAAAACAAAACAACUUCGGCCAUCGUUAGUUUUCGGCAGUAACGCGGCACUGAUAAUUUCAAUUUUUUUUAUUCUCAGACAGCCAUCAGCUUAUGUUAAGGGAUCAGUCACCGUCAAACAACCAGGGCGCGAGUAUUGAAGUCUGCUUCAAAGCAUUUUCUAACUCGACAGUGGAAACCUUUAAGAGUACGUUGAGGAACGCCAGCUCCGAGGGAAGAGUAAAUCUUACUCUUUAUAACAUUUACGUCGUACAAACUCAUGUGGAGGCAGAGCAGUUGCCACGUAAACGGAAGAAACUAUCAAGUCAUCGACUGGAAACAUGGCAAGUCAUUGCCAUUGUUGCAUUUGUGAUAUUGCUGGUCAUGGCUAUCAUUAUUUACCGAUUGCACGUGAGUAAAAUAGUGUUUAAUUUGUUCUGCCUUCGCACUUGCUCGACACUUAUCUAGUCCAUGUACACACCUUUUUAUUUCGCGCGGCCUAUUCGUUUAGGGUAACGUUGUCCCGCGUCGAUCUCGGAUACCGAAAUGCACGGCCGUGAAGGCCUGGGAAAAACGCUGUUAGGGACUAGUCAACCCUAUCUCCACAAGCAUUGAAUAUGUCACGUAAAGCUACCGUAUUGUUGCCUCUCAUGUGGUGUCUACAAAACAGUCUAAUUAUCAUAGAGGAGACGUACAUUUCCUAUUUCUCAUAAUAUGAGCGACUGAUAAAUACUGCAAUUUCCUUGUUUCUGAAAGACACAGAAUUCCAAGUUGAAGUGCCAAGCUAUUCUGAUGGAAGCCAUUCCCAGUAAUAAUCCCCAUGUAAAGUCAAAGUCAUUUUCCAAGGUGCAGGAUACAAACCAGAGUUUUAUUUGAGGAAGGUAAGAAAACAUUGAUCCUUUUCCAGAGUACAUGUUGAAUUCUCAGAGUAACGUAUAGCCUGAGAGCAAGCUCUCCGGGGCGCUCUGGCGGUGGGGCGGGAAAAGGAAGGAGAGCUUGCAACUACGUCUCUGGAAUUUAAAUAUCUGCAUCAAAAAAGUCGAUGCGAAACACAGUGCUGAUUGGCGGAGAUGACAUUAGUAAUGAUUUCAUUACCCUUGGCACGUGCUUUUCAAUGUUUGUUUACAUUUGCGCUCGUUUCCGCUUCGCCCUGAUUGUCGGAAAUCUGACAGCUCAGUCGACGGGGAGCCCAGGGAAAUUGGAGUUGGAAUUCAAAUUCCAGAGACGUAGUUGCAAUCUCUCUAUCGUGUUCCCGCCCCCCGCUAGAGCGCCCCGGAGAGCUAAAAUUUGCUCGCAGGCUAAGUAACGAAUUGUAGCCUGUUCCUAGUCUCCCCUUGUUUUUUAUUUCCAUCGUCAAUUUUUCGCCUGCGUUCUACUAUCUGAACGGCUGGAGCAGGCUAAACGUAUUGCUACCUGAGGCUUUCGGAUCGUGGGGACGCGCGAAGAGUUGUGAGCAGGAUAAACAGCGCGGGGCUCGCACUCCAUUAUCUGAACGCCUGCAACGCCUGGAACAGGUAGCCUGCGCCGCAGACGAAGAUUAACUUCUGGUUAAGUCCGUCUGCGAAACAGCGCCGACAUCCUUGUUCCGAGCCCCCACCUUAAAAGGCUUGAAGCGAAUCAGGCAGCUCCACGAUUAGGAAGAAGACAAAAGGUGGCUCUGCUCGCAGGCGGAGUGGGCGCAAAACCCGGGGGUUCUUAAGGAAUUUCUGGUUGGGGAUGUGCCGCUGGGUCCCUGGAACCCUUAACCUAUACCAGAGCUAGUUCAGCUGAAUUUUGCUACCCUAUAAUAGAGUAAACUCCCCAAGUUCCCCCCCCAUCCUAGAGUAGCUGUUUUCUAGAAACUACUGAGGUCACUAGCACAGUCUAGCCAGAACAAAACCUUAAACCACAAUCCUAAGUCUAGAUAAAAUCUUCAACCAACUGAUCAGUUUCCUGAAAAAUGAUACCCUAUUCUAGACCCAAACGCUCUGAUUUAUAUACCCUAUCCUAGAGUAAACUGCUUGAAAACCAUACUCUUCACAGCGGCACAUACCUAUAUAGCCCACAUAUGGCAGUACCCCCCGACGCAAAGAAAAGUGAGAAAAAAUAAUCAGAACAAAUAAUCUGAAUCUGAGGUAACAUGUGGCGGGUCACCCCACCUAUCAUGUAAACGCAGGAGCCCAUAAGCCGGAGCGAGCAACUCUAUACUAUGCCUAUGUCACGGCCUUUUUGCAGACCAGUUUAUUUUUAGACACAUUUUAGGGCACUUUUUCCCGCAAAAAUGUAAUUUCCACCACAUGUCUAUGAGCGCAUUCGAAGUAUAAGAUAUUAAAAACGAAAACUAAACGUUAUUAAAAGGCAAACUAUGUCAUUUUUAGCUCAGUAGGUUAUGCUGACUGGUUUGUGGAAUUUAAAAGAUAUUCAAAAUUCGCGCCAAAACCGUUCUAAAAAUAAACUGGUCAGUGUAAACGCCGUGACCAAGUGCAUGGAAGUUGCUCGCUCCGGGUUAUGGGCUCUUGCAAUUGGUUAACGUGAUCAAAUUAACUCUCGGACGUACACUCAAAUUCAUACCUCCACCGUGGUACAAAGGAGGGUGGAUGGAACCCCUUCCCGGAGUUUUUGAUAUGUUGCAGUAUUUUGAAACGAUUUUACCUUUAGUGGAAAGCCUUUCAUCUUCUUAACAAGAUGAGGUAUAUUUCAUGGGUGGUGGCGCUGCUGGAGGCCUGUGACGACACCAACAAUGGCGGCCAUCUUACCCGCCAUUUUGGAUUUUACCAAGAAUUAGAAAUCAGGUUAAAACCGCGAGAAAUGGUACUUUUUUGUGCUUUACAUGAAAAAUAACACAUAAAUAAGCUCUUUGCAUGAUUUUAGCCACAAGAUAUACUUUUAUUGUUGAAAGAAGUUAAAAAAACACGUAUUUUCACCCAAAAUGGCUUGACCACCUGCUACUUAUGACGUCAUAUCUCGUAACCAUAGCAACUGACCAUUACUAAACUUGUCUCAAAAUUUGCGCGAGGGAUGAACAAACCGCUACUAAAAACGUCAGGUGCUGAUAUUUUAUCCUCUAGGAAAAACUUAGAAAAACCUUUUUCCCCCCGCCCAGAGGAUUAAAAUGAGAGAAUAUUACACGGUGGCGAGAAGAUAUGAAUUUUAUGUUCGAGUGGCAAGAACAAUAUCUCACGAGUGAGCGCAGCGAACGAGUGAGAUAUUGCUCUUGCCACGAGAACAUAAAAUUCAUAUCUUCGAGCUAACGUGUAAUAUUCUUUUUAUUAUAUAAACAUACUGAUGACGGCGUUUUUGAUGAUUUUCCGAAGAUUUCCGACCACCUUCCGAAGAUUUCCGAAGAUUUUUCAAAUUGUCCCGAAGACCAGACGAACGUUCCCGAACAUUUUCCGAGAAUUUCCGAAAAUUUCCGAAUAUGUUCGAAGAUUUCUGAAGGUUGCCGAGCACUUUCGAGGAAGACCCGAAGAUGUUUCGAUGAUACACCAACGAAUUUAAGUACAAUUUAAGAGACAAACCUGAUGUCAGUGAAAUUAUUGAUAUCUUCACAUGUAAAAAUAUCGUAUUUUUACGUGUGUUCAGAUACCACAUUUCUCGGUGGUAGAAAUCCUUGUAAAACACUGCAGUUUAUAUAAUAAAAUGAGAGAUUAUAUGGACCGGCGGGUUACCCCACCUCCAUAUAAACAGGCCCAAUGAAAGACGUUGAAACUAACCUAGAAGUAUUUCGCUCAGCGGAAAAAUGUUUUCUCUGAGUCCAUUACUUUUCAUUUUUUAAAAAUAUCUUUUGUUGACUCAAGCACGUUUACUCUGAUGGCAUGCUUAACAAAUUAUUUUCUUUCCUCUAUAGAGAAUUUCCGUAUCUGUCACUUUGCCUGUCCAUUCAAUCUCCUCCGUCAUCAGAGAGUCAUUACAAGCAAAGUAAUUUUUCCGUGGAUAUUCCCCAGUUAAACAUUAGAAGUCUAGUGUCAAACUUUGAGGCUUUGUUCAAGAUGAUCGGGACAUCAGGUCCCAAUUGUUCAGAAAAUGGAUUACCGUAA